GCUCCCCCGUCUCGAGUACCUCUCACUAAGGCAGCUCGGAGCCGGCAGAGGCUGAGAGAGGAAGGAGGGGGGAGCGCGGGAGGAGGGAGCGAGCGCCGGCACUGAUGGACGAGCCAAAGGUCACAGGUACCAAACCAAAGAUGUCCUCAACAAGAAUGAUUCUACUUAUCCUGGGAUUCCUCUCUACUUUGGCUGUAAUUGCUUUAAUUGCUGUAGCAGUGACCCAAAACCAGCCAUUUCCGAAGAAUAUUAAGUAUGGGAUCGUGCUGGACGCGGGAUCAUCCCACACCAACCUCUACGUGUACGAGUGGCCAGCAGAGAAGGAGAACGACACCGGGGUGGUGAAGCAGGUGGAGGUGUGUAAAGUUGAAGGCCCUGGGAUCUCAGGUUACUCCCAUGCCACAGAGAAGGCAGGUCCCUCUCUGGAACAGUGCCUACAACAAGCAAAAGAGGUGAUUCCCUCAGCACAGCACAAAGAGACACCCGUCUACCUCGGAGCAACUGCUGGCAUGCGGCUUCUCAGGUUGCAGAAUGAAAGUGCAGCUGACAAAGUCUUGUCCUCAGUAGAAAACACACUACGCUCAGCUCCCUUCAACUUCCAGGGUGCCAGAAUCAUCACUGGUCAGGAAGAAGGAGCCUACGGAUGGAUCACCAUUAACUACCUUCUGGGCAAUUUCAAGCAGUCUGGCUGGAAAAAGCUUCUACACUCCCUGAAAUCUUUAAGUGAGACAUCAGGAGCUCUAGACCUUGGAGGAGCCUCCACACAGAUUACCUUUGUAUCAAAGGAGCUCACUUCUGAGUCCCCAGAGAACCAGCUCUACUUCCGUCUCUAUGGCAAGGAUUACCAAGUGUACACGCACAGCUUUCUCUGCUAUGGGAAGGACCAGGCUCUGCAGCAGAAACUGGCCAGGGAUCUACAGACUGUGGAUAACAGCCUUCUCCCUGACCCAUGCUUUCACAAGGGUUAUGAGAGGACUAUAAACAUUAGUGACUUCUUCAAAAACCCUUGCACAUCAGAAAAGAAAAAGCAAUUACCUUUCAACCAGCUGUACAUAAAGGGAGAGGGGGACUAUCAAAAGUGCCGAGAAAAUAUCCAGAAUCUCUUCGACAAAAGCAAUUGUCCUUACUCCAGUUGCUCCUUCAAUGGGAUAUACCUACCUCCAUUACAAGGGGAUUUUGGGGCUUUUUCUGCUUUCUAUUUUGUGAUGAACUUUUUGAACCUGACCAGUGAACCAAAACCCCUUGCUCUGAACAAAGUGACCAGCACCAUUGAGACCUUCUGUGCCCGGCCUUGGCAAGAGGUGAAGACAGCCUAUCACCACAUCAAAGAAAAGUACCUGAGUGAGUACUGCUUCUCUGGAGUCUACAUCCUCUCUCUCCUGGAAAAUGGCUAUGAGUUCACUGAAAACAACUGGCAAAUGGUCCACUUCCUUGGAAAGAUUGACAGCAGUGAUGCAGGUUGGACCCUGGGCUACAUGCUGAACCUGACCAACAUGAUCCCUGCAGAGGAGCCAGCUGGGCCCCCCCUCUCCCACGGCAGCUACGUGGGGCUGAUGGUGCUGUGCUCCCUUGUGCUGGUGUCUGUGCUCCUGUUUGCCUGGCUUCUCCUCCACAAGCCCAAGUGCCUGCAGAAGGGGAUUGUUUAGGAAGAACCUGAAGGGGAGAGGAGCCGUGUCAUCCUGGUUGCUCAGGGCUAGGAGACCCCAGCAGAGCAGGCUGUACUGCAGAGUCCCUCUCACUGAAGCCUCUGACUGUAAAACAAGGGCAUUUAUUUCUUCUGAAUCACACUUGCACUGACAGACGUUGGGACAUCAGGCUCGCCACCUUCUCUGCCAAGGACAGACAAGCUCCUGUCCCCUCCUUGAAUGGGUUGUACUUUCAUUCAAGGAAACUUUGCUGCUUGUUGGUUUCUGCCUUGUGCACAGCAUUAUAAAGAGAAAAGUGGCAGCAAUCUUUGGGAGCCAGUGCUCCUGCAAGGGUUAUCUCAGGGUCACACAUCCCACUGAGCUCUUGGGAGCUAUCACGUCCAGGGUGAUCUGCUCCUUCUCUGCUGAAGCUGUUCCAAGAGCCCUUUCUGCACCAGCACACCCCUGCUCACCUCCCCGCGCCCUGAGCUCUAGCAGCCCUACAGCUGGGUACAGCUCCUGCACCUGGCUGGCCCUGAAGGUGGGUCAGGCUCUCAAAUGCCACUCUGGGAAAAGAAGGGAUGAGGAGGAAGAAGCUGAGCGUGCUUGUGGUCAUCAGCCCUUAGCUGGGCUCUGUCGGCUGUCAGCUCCUUUUGCAGGUGGCAAAAUGCCUUUUUCCCACGUCUUCCUGAUGUUGUUGCUGGACCAAAGCUGGCUCACUGUUGCACUGAGCCAUUCCCAUGUCCCUAAGGUACAUCAAGCCACAAGUUCCCAAAUAGGAAUUGCUGCUUUUUAUAGGAAGAGCUUGUGUUGGCCCAGGUUCCUUGGCCAGUAGUGCUUGUCUAUGCCUGCAGGGACUCUGGUGGGACCAGUGUGCCCUCAGGUAUAACCCACUAAAGCAAUCCAGGGUCACUGUGCUGGUAACACAGCAGCCUCCAGUCUAGGGAAAGUGUUUAUUAGUUAAUGUUGCUGUAGGCAGCUGGCAGCAGUUAAACAGCAUGAGUAUGCACAGAUUGAACCACUCUUUCCACCAGCAAAUUAGUGGAGAUUUGCCUUUCCUUUCCUCCUAGCACAGACUUAUCCUAUGGCCACAAGACCCAGGGCUUGUGAUGCACAUACUGCAGCCCACACAAGUAGGACGAUGCCACUGAUUGAGUUUAAGAUCACUUUCGUCCAUGUUUCCAUUUCUUUGUCCAAAAAAAGAGAGGUAAGUCAGAAAUCCAUUUUUGUAAAAACACUCAGAAACCACUGGUGCCUGUCUACCUCCCACAAAAUCUCAGAAAUCUCUUCUCCUAAUGACCUGUAAAUGUGGAGGCAAAAAGAAAGCAGAUAUUGUAGAGGAGAAGGCACAGCAAAGACAGAUCUCUUUCCCCAAGCAGAGGUGUAGGCAGUGUGGAAGGGGUCAGGAUUUGCAACCCAAACAAUGCUUUCUCCUUUAGGCAAGCACAGAAACAGAGCUCUCCCUGUCUGUCCCUCUGCAUAGUCCAGGCUGGAAAAUGUCACCCAGUUAUUUCUACUUCAUGCCUGAAAGUAGAAGCCCUAAUAUAUUGAAGGACCUAAAAGUAAGGGGAAAAUAUACCCUGUCCUAAGAUCUUUGGGCAGAUCAUUGUUCUUCCAAAAACCUGUGUCUUAUUUUUGCUCUGAAUUAGGUGGCUUCAGCUUCUGUUGGAUCUUGUUCUGCCCAUUUCCAAAAGACUGAGUAACUCUGCUAUUAAAAUCCCUUUUUCCUCA